ACACAAAGGCUUUGUUGUAUUAUUAAUUGAGGGCUUUGUUGUUGCGGUGGGCAAAUGCGCAUUAAGGGUUGCGGUUUGUGUGGUUAUGUUCAUUAAGACAUUCCUGCGCGGAUUAGGGCGACAGAGAGAGAGAGAGAGAGAGAGAGAGAGAGAGGGGAGCUUUACAUAAUAAACCGAAUGCAUUUCACGUGAAAUGCCCCUUUAAAAGCUGGUUCCCCUCAGACACAUUGAGGCACAUCGUAAACGAACGGAGUGAGAGGAGUGAAAAGUCUGUGAAAGCUGCACUUUGUUGUGUUGAAUCGGCUUCAGGAUGGUCUCGUCGUACCCAUUACCGGAGGGCUUCUCCGAGUUCGAUGUGUUUUCCCUGGGAUCAUGUCUGCUGGUGGAGGGUCUGCUGGGCUUCGUACUAAACGCGGUGACAAUCGUUUCUUUCCUCAAAGUGAGAGAGCUGAGAACUCCCAGCAAUUUCCUUGUGUUCAGUUUAGCCAUGGCUGAUAUUGGCAUCUGCAUGAACGCCACGGUGGCCGCUUUCUCCAGCUUUCUGAGGUACUGGCCUUAUGGUUCAGAUGGCUGCCAGACUCAUGGUUUCCAGGGUUUCAUGACAGCUCUUGCCAGCAUCCACUUCAUUGCCGCCGUCGCCUGGGACAGAUAUCACCAGUACUGCACUAGGACAAAGCUGCAGUGGAGCAGUGCCAUCACUCUGGCUGUAUUUAUCUGGCUCUUCUCGGCUUUCUGGUCCGCCAUGCCCCUCAUUGGCUGGGGAGAGUACGACUACGAGCCCCUCAGGACAUGCUGCACUCUGGACUACAGCAAGGGAGACAGAAACUACGUGUCCUACUUGAUCCCCAUGGCCAUAUUCAACAUGGCCAUCCAGGUGUUUGUGGUUAUGUCCUCUUACCAGUCAAUUGCACAGAAAUUCAAGAAGACUGGAAACAACAAGUUCAACCCCAACACUCCUCUUAAGGCUAUGCUGUUCUGCUGGGGACCCUACGGCCUCCUGGCUUUCUAUGCUGCUGUGGAGAACGCCAACCUGGUUUCACCUAAGCUCAGGAUGAUUGCUCCCAUCCUGGCUAAGACUUCCCCCACCUUCAACGCAUUCCUGUACGCUUUGGGAAAUGAGAACUACAGAGGAGGCAUUUGGCAGUUCCUCACCGGGGAAAAGAUUGAAGUUCCUCAAAUUGAGAAUAAGUCCAAAUAAACUAAGCAUGCAAUAAUUACACACACUUCCUGUCCGGGUCGUUUCUCACAGGUAUCUAGAUGUUUCUGUCUGUGAGUGUCUGUGCAUGACUGUGUUGUGUCUCGAGCAGUGGUAGCCAUUGGCCGGUGUGUAACUCUUUCCUGGAUUUUCUCCCCGUUAUUUCUGCAGAAUUUAAACAUCACAAAACAACACAGAGAAAUAAUUUUUAACUUUCAUGUUGGUCAAAAGUGAACAUGAUAAAAAAUGUCCAAACAGGCUACCAGAAGGAAAUCAUAUACUAAACGUAGCAAAACUUCCAACUUGGCAGCUCCUGGAAACAUGUGAUUUCUCAGAAUAUUAAAUUUAAUAUAAUUUAUUUUAUUAGGAAAAAGAUGACUUUCAUUUUGUGUUCAUCCUAAGGCAAACAUCCCUGCAGAGAAAGGAAAGUAUUUAGUUUCCAACCAAAUAAAAUAAAAAGAUUACAUAAAAUACUGGCAUUUUAUCAGUACGUGUUCAGUCCAAAAUGUCCUUUGCCACCGGUAAUGUGAGUAAUUUCUUAAUCAGAAAUAGUCUGUCGUUCCCCUCCAGUUGAAGAAAAAAGACCCUAAAAUAAAUUAAUUGAACUUUUGACCUCUCUGGGUUGAUGGACAAUCAAGAAGGCAUUCUUCUCUUAUCAUUGCCUCUGUCAAUGGAACGUGAAAGUCCGUACAAGCCACUGGCAUCUCAUCACACUCUGUAAGGCAGGGAGUGAUCUCUGCAUCCAGGCUAGAACUGCUUUAAUCCUCUGGACAAGGGGACCAUUCUUCAGCACACAGCCCCCACGACAAGUUAGAGAUUAGUACAGUGGCUGUAGAUUAAAUGAACGCGCUUUUCGCCUGCAGAUUUGCAUUUAAAAAUAAGUCUGUGUAUGUUUGCAAAUUAAAAUUUCCAGUAUUUAAUAGUAUAUUCCUAGCUUAGAUUUAAUAUGUUACAUCUUUAAACAGAUUUAAUCAUUUAAUCAUUAUUUGUAGCUGUCAAUGUUUUGUAUUAAUUCAGUGACAAUUUUUGGAAUUACUCUACGCAAAUGCUACGUUCUCAUUAUGAUUUUCUUGUCUCACAAAUCUUACCUAAGAAGCAGGCGUUUACUUUUGUUAACACUUUACAGUAUGGGGCGCAUGAAUAAUCAUUUAAAAUCUCAUGAACUCACAGGAACACAUGUGAAUGAGCAUCAACGCAUUUACAAUUCAAACAGAAAAUAUGUCUUAAUGUAAAAAUAAAGGUGCAGACUGCGUGUGUGUUGUAACAUUUCAACUAAAGUGGCGACAUUAUCUUUCUCCAACACCGCGAGAUAACAAAUGGUUAAUGACGCAAGCUUGUGGAAUCAAUGAAUCUAUUUUUAGCUUGUCCCAUGAGUGGCCGACAUGACCCGACAAAUAAGCCCUGAAAUAGUUGUUCCAUAUGUCUUUCAUAAAGUCAUGCAUGAGAUCCUGUUCAUUCAUGGACAUAUGUUACAGCUGAUGAGAUUUUAAAUGAAUUUUAUCAUACCUUUUCAUACAUAGAGUUGCAUGUGAAUUCAUGUUACCUUUACCGUAAAGUGCUACCAACAUUUCCUUUAAUAGUAUUGUCUAACCACAGCGUUAAACGAUACACAGUCGCAUACUGGUUAUUAUAUAAUCACUAUUCUUACAGUAGGUUUCAAAAACCAAACAUAGGCCAGUCUUAAGGUACUUUUUCAGUGCAGGAUAUAAUUUAUAAUAAAGAAUGUUAUCAACACACAUGAUAAUUUAAGAAGGUGGAAUUUUUAACAGCUCCCAUUUCAGUUUUGUGUUGCGCAUGUGAUUUGUGUCAUAAUGUGAAUUACAAACGGACUCUCCCACAUGAAUAGUUUCAGAGCAGGUCCUUUGAAAUCACUGAAUAUGAGUUUGUGGUGGAAAUUUGGACUUUGGACAUUUGGAUGAUGUUCAGAGCCUGGAUGAUCCCGUUCAGUAAAACGUGUUUAUAUAUGUAUGCUGUAGGCUUUUGUGUGGUCGUCGGCCCCUGUGAAAUCUUGUAAACGCUGUUGAGAAGUGGAAUUUAUGUCAGAUGAUUUCGUGAUUAUAUUUUACAGAAAGUAAUUCUUCACUGAAUGUUCAAACAAAAAUAACAACUCACAUGAAAUUCAGCAAUUCUUGAAUAAUUAAUAAAAAAAAUCAAAUAUCUAAA